CCGGGGAUGGCCUGCGGAAAUGAUGUCGCUCAAUUCAAAAAACAAAUAUAACUGGCCCGGCCUCCACAUACUUCUUGUUUUGCUCUGUUCCUGAUGUCCUUCGACGUCGGACGGAUCAUCAGCCUCCCGUUGUGCUGUCGCCCUAGGCCCCAUCUCCCCUCUUGAGACCGUCCCAGCUCGUCGUACACACCUUUGACGCUUCUUGUCUGCCUAAACCUCCGGUCCCAGCAUGGCGUCACCAAUUGCCUCUGCGGCGCUCAAGGCGCGCAUUCACCGGCCCUCAAUGCUGAAGAAGCUGUGCCAUCCUGAAGAUCUGCUGCCACACUUCCCCAACGGCGCCUACAUCGGCUGGUCCGGGUUCACCGGCGUCGGUUAUCCUAAAAAGAUGCCCACAUUCCUCGCAGACCACGUCGAGAAGAACAACCUGCAGGGCAAGCUGCGAUACAGCCUAUUCGUUGGUGCCUCGUCAGGCGCCGAGACCGAGAACCGCUGGGCGGCGCUGGAUAUGAUCGAGAGGAGAGCUCCUCAUCAGGUCGGCAAGAACAUUGCCAAGGGGAUAAACGAGGGGCGCAUCAAGUUCUUCGACAAGCACCUGUCCAUGUUCCCCGUGGACCUCGUAUACGGGUUUUACACCAAAGACAGGCCAAGCAACAAGAUUGACGUUGCCGUGGUGGAGGCGACCAAGAUCAAGGAGGACGGCAGCAUUGUUCCGGGCGCGUCCGUCGGCGCAACACCGGAGCUUCUCCAGCUCGCAGACAAGAUCGUGAUCGAAGUCAACACUUCGUUGCCCGACUUCGACGGCCUCCACGACAUCACCAUGACUGAUCUGCCCCCGCGUCGGAAGCCGUAUCUGAUUACCCAGGUUGAGGACCGAAUCGGUACCAACUCGAUUCCCAUCGACCCCGAGAAGGUCGUGGGUAUUCUAGAAUCCGACUACCAAGACCAGACCCUCCCCAACGCCCCGUCCGACGAGACCUCACAAAAGAUCGCCGGCCACCUGAUCGAGUUCUUCGAGCACGAGGUCAAGCACGGCCGCCUCCCGGCCAACCUGCUUCCGCUGCAAUCCGGCAUCGGCAACAUCGCCAACGCCGUCAUCGGCGGCCUGGAUAACUCCAACUUCCGCAACCUCAAGGUUUGGACCGAAGUCAUCCAGGACACCUUCCUCGACCUGUUCGACUCGGGCCGUCUGGACUUCGCCACGGCGACCUCGGUCCGCUUCUCCCCGGCAGGGUUCGAGCGCUUCUACCAGAACUGGGAGCACUACCACAACAAGCUCCUCCUCCGCUCGCAGCAGGUGUCCAACUCGCCCGAGAUCAUCCGCCGGCUGGGCGUCAUCGGCAUGAACACGCCCGUCGAGGUGGACAUCUACGCGCACGCCAACUCGACCUGCGUCAUGGGCAGCCGCAUGCUCAACGGGCUGGGCGGCUCGGCCGACUUCCUGCGGUCGGCCAAGUACAGCAUCAUGCACACGCCCUCGACGCGGCCGUCCAAGACGGACCCGCACGGCGUCAGCUGCAUCGUGCCCAUGUGCACGCACGUCGACCAGACCGAGCACGACCUGGACAUCAUCGUGACCGAGAACGGCCUGGCGGACGUGCGCGGCAUGAGCCCGCGCGAGCGGGCCCGCGUCAUCAUCGAGAACUGUGCCCACGACGUCUACAAGCCGAUCCUCAAGGCCUACUUUGACAAGGCCGAGUUCGAGUGCCUGCGCAAGGGCAUGGGCCACGAGCCGCACCUGUUGUGGAACGCGUUCGACAUGCAUCGCGCGCUGAACGAGGAGGGCAGUAUGCAGAAGGUCAAGCCGUGGUAAGGGAGUUGGUUGGUUGUUUACCUAGGGAUAGGACGUUGGGUAAUUCCUCGGAAGGGUAACGGAUAAGGUGAAGCGGCUGAUACACUAGUAAUGGUGAUCCUUAGAGCGGACGUGUCUUGCUGAUCUGUGUCAGCCAUCUUAUUGGGUUGACAUUUAGAGCGAGAGGGGUGCUAUUGGCAGACAUGUACUACGCCUAUAGAAGCCGGUACCUCAUUGAUAUGCUGAUAUCGCGACGCAGUCGGCUUCAUUUUGACUAAGGUAGAUACCAGCACCGCAUUGCAUAGCCUCCGAGCUUGUCAACCCCUUUUGUCAAGGACGCGCGGAAUUGGACGGGUAGGUGCGUGAGAGCGCCCGGAAUCCUUGA